AUGCUGGGAGGCAAAGCGAGUAAGGGUGUGGAUCUGACAGGGAUGGAUGUCGAUAGAUUUGUAGAGCACUUCAAUGAAUUAUUGGGUGAACAGAAGGUAGAAAGGAACGAGGAAUAUGAGAAAAGGAGGGGCUUUCGCAUUGCUAAGGAGUUGGCCGAGGUAGAAGGAGAGCCGUGGGAGGUGUCUAUUGCAGCUCCGGAUGAUGAAGAAAUUGAGAAAUUAUGUAAGCGAAUGAGAAAUGGUAAAGCCGUUGGUAUUGAUGAGAUUCCCUCUGAGUUAUUCAAGCAUUCGGAGGAAUGUCGCAAGGUCACCUUGCGACAUUGCCACCUUGCCAAGGUGUUGGGCGUAGUGAUCAGAGGGUUCUGGAGAGGACAGCCGUUGCCCGAGAAGAGUCAUACAGCUGUAUUGAUCACUUUAUUUAAAGGAAAAGGGAAUAGGAUCAAGGAAGCUGCUGAGAAACGAUUAAUGAAAUAUCAGUUCGGUUUCACGUCUGGUAAGAGCUGUAGAGAUCCCGUCCGUCUACUGUGGAAGAAAUGGGAGAGUACAAACCAGAUCGCAUCAGUCUUCGUGGACUUCCAGGAAGCCUUUGAUUCUUUGUCAUGGGAAGCUUCGUGGAAAGUCUUGAAGUCGCUGGAUGCCAGUUUUCUGGUGAUAUAG